UCGAACAAGCAACACACCUUUGUGCCUCAGAUUAGAUUUGUGCCGGCUUGAGCGCUUGGAUUACGAUUGAUCAGUGCCAACAUGUCUCGAUCAUUCCUAGUGGAUUCCCUAAUCAGUGAUAAACCGACCCCAGUGAAAAGUAAUGUGUACAACUAUGGACAGUUUACGCAACUGCCGGUGACACCACCAGCAACGUUGCCUUACUCCGCGUGCUACGUCGGAAGCUAUCUCUUCUCUCUUGGAUUACAACAGCAGCAGCAGGCUCAGCAACUAACGCUUCCGUUGUACUAUCAGUCUCCGCAACCUUCCGCUCUGAAUCUGGAUCUAUCACCUAAGCUGUACCAGCCCACAGAUGUGCCUCCAAUGAAACUUUCUCCAAAGGAGGAUUAUUAUCGUCGCCUGUAUCGUUGUGAAAAAACUCCUGAGCGUUUCUCCCCAUAUUCCUCACCACCCAGCACAAAGCGUACAGCUCCCGCAGCCUCCACAGUCAUCAGCAAAUCAUCGACGCCUUCACCGACUCCCCUAGAGACCUCGGCAACCUACGCUAUCGAUGAUGAACUCUCCAGCAAACGCAUUCGUACCGCCUUCACUAGUACCCAACUUUUGGAACUGGAGCGAGAGUUUGCCUCUAACAUGUAUCUGACGAGGCUUCGUCGAAUCGAAAUCGCCACCCGAUUACGUCUGUCCGAGAAGCAAGUGAAAAUAUGGUUCCAAAACCGCCGAGUUAAGCGAAAGAAGGGCGAUGCUCCAAUCUGUACCGGCAGCCCCAGUUCAUCCCCGUGCCGCUCGCAAGGUCAGAACCAAAAUCAGAAAUGCUGCUGUAAGUCGACCGCAUGUGGAAUCAACUCCGACGGAGAAGAAAGUCACAGCCAUGAGUCGGAACAGAAACCAACCGUCGAGAGCGUCCACAGUCUUCAGCACCAUGCUUGGGAUUUUAGCAAAAGUUUUCACUGAGCUAUGGUUUGUAACGAUGGUGGAACUGACCUUUUGUAAAUUUGAUGUGAAUAUUGUACAUAUGUAAAUGUAUAGUUAUAAGUGACAAAUGUUUAAAU